AUGUUGCAAUCUCGUGAGGAUAUGCUGCGUAACCGUUUCAUCGGAAAAAAAAACGGAUUCAAAUAAAGACGGUAAUCUGAAUUAUCAUCAGUCUAACGUUUGUCUCGUGAGGUAGAAGUUAUUCUAGUAUAAUGCGAGUUUUUCUCUGUCUGCUGGGUCUCGUCCUGUGCCACAAGACAUUUGGGAUGAACGUUCAGCAUCCUCGAAAUAUCGGUAAUGAAUCUGUUACAGCAAGGAAUAUCUAUGACGAGUCCCUUUGCCAGCCCCGUAAAACUUUAGUUGAGGUUGAGCACGAGUUCCCCGAGGCGGCGGUCAGACGUGUUAUCCCCUCGUGUGUGGUCCUUCAGCGCUGUGGAGGCUGCUGCUCUGAUGAGGCGAUGACGUGUGUCAGUGUCAGCACACACAUCAAAGUAUUGCAGUUGAAACAGGUUACCAGGAAUGUGCGUGAAGUUAGUGCAGAGAUGAUCGAGCUGCCGUUUGUUGAACACAGCCAGUGUGAGUGCAGGCUCAGAAGCGAACUGUGAAGCUUUUUGAAACCGCUCAUCCAUGCCGCAGAAAUUGCUAUCUGCUUAUUUAAAAGUUAUUUCAAUUAUUUCCUAUUAUUAAUAUAUUUAAUAUAAUAAUAACGUUACUUUUAUAUUUAAGAUUGUGUAAAACAUUGUUUUUAUCUAAAAAAUAUAUUUUUGCUGUUUACUUAAGUACAAUAACUUUUUUCUCUUUUAGUUACUUUUAAAAACUGAUUUCAUUCUGUUCUUAUGCACAUUAUACAUACAAGACGAAGUAGGAAUAAACAAGCAUCCCUACAUUGUUUAAAGUCAAAGUAAGCAAUUACAUCAUUAUUUAUGAAGAGAUUAUAAAAUGAAACAAAAAUAACGCUAACCGAGAAGAAAAGAAGGAAAUGCUACAGGUGAAAACAUGUUCAGAAAGAAUGUCAAACAUUUUCUGCUGCCUGUUUUGAUUGCCUUUUUGUUAAUAAACGAUUUUAAUUCAGUCA